GACGCGAGGGGUACGAGCUCGCACGCGCUAGCCAGGGUGACAGCCGCACGCUUCGGACAGUCCUGGAGCCAGGACUCUGUUGUUCUGAAAGUGCCUAGAAAAUGGAGCUUGAGUCAGCCGGAUGAGUCUGAAGAUAAAAAUACAGCUGUGGAUGAAUGUACAGCUGUGGCGCUACAGGCGUGGAGUGAGAGCCCAGUGGUGAGAUGUGUCCCCACCGAGGCGAUGCGUGACAACAGGUGUUGAGCCCGGGCCGAAACCCUGGACCUGUACUACAGGACUGGUGGAAAUGGAUCCCCAGUUGAAUCCUAGGCCUUCGGUGGCAGCAAGAAGAAGCCUCAACAGCAGCAUCCAGAGCAAAGCUGAGACAAAGCCGUCGUGGAGUGUGUGCCCCUGAGCCCAACCUGCCCGGCCCAUCAUGGUCCAGAGGCUGUGGGGGAGCCGCCUGCUGCGGCAUCGCAAGGCCCAGCUCCUGCUGGUCAACCUGCUGACCUUUGGCCUGGAGGUGUGCUUGGCUGCAGGCAUCACCUAUGUGCCACCUCUGCUGCUGGAAGUGGGGGUAGAGGAGAGGUUCAUGACCAUGGUGCUGGGCAUCGGACCAGUGCUGGGCCUGGUCUCUGUCCCACUCCUGGGCUCAGCCAGUGACCAGUGGCGAGGACGCUAUGGCCGCCGGAGGCCUUUCAUAUGGGCUCUGUCCCUGGGUGUCCUGCUCAGCCUCUUCCUCAUCCCCAGGGCAGGCUGGCUGGCAGGGCUGCUGUGCCCAGACACCAGGCCUCUUGAACUGGCCCUGCUCAUUCUGGGCGUGGGGCUGCUGGACUUCUGUGGCCAGGUGUGUUUCACACCUCUGGAAGCCUUGCUGUCUGACCUCUUCCGGGACCCAGAUCACUGCCGCCAGGCCUUCUCUGUCUAUGCCUUCAUGAUCAGCCUUGGGGGCUGCCUGGGCUACCUCCUGCCUGCUAUUGACUGGGACACCAGCGCCCUGGCCCCCUACCUGGGCACCCAGGAAGAGUGCCUCUUCGGCCUGCUCACGCUCAUCUUCCUUACCUGCAUGUCAGCCACGCUGUUUGUGGCCGAGGAGGCUGUGUUGGGCCCAGCUGAGGCAGUUGAAGGCCUAUCAGUGCCCUCUGUGACAACACACUGCUGCCCAUGCCGGACCCACGUGGCUUUCCAGAGACUGGAUGCCCUGUUUCCUCGACUGCACCAGCUCUGCUGCCACAUGCCACGCACCCUGCGCCGACUCUUUGUGGCUGAGCUGUGUAGCUGGAUGGCGCUCAUGACCUUCACUCUGUUUUACACGGACUUCGUGGGCGAGGGACUGUACCAGGGUGUGCCCAGAGCCGAGCCAGGCACUGAGGCCCGGAGACACUAUGAUGAAGGUGUGCGCAUGGGCAGCCUGGGACUCUUCCUGCAGUGUGCCAUCUCCCUGCUCUUCUCCCUCAUCAUGGACCGGCUGGUGCAGCGGUUUGGCACCAGAGCUGUCUAUCUGGCCAGCGUGGUAGCUUUCCCUGUGGCUGCUGGCGCUACAUGCGUGUCCCGCAGCGUGGCUGUGGUAACAGCCUCGGCUGCCCUGACUGGCUUCACCUUCUCAGCCCUGCAGAUCCUGCCCUACACACUGGCCUCCCUCUAUCACCGAGAGAAGCAGGUGUUCCUGCCCAAAUACCGAGGGGACCCUGGAGGUGGUGGCAGUGAGGACAGCCUUGUGACCAGCUUUCUGCCAUCAGGAGCGCCCUUCCCCAAUGGACACGUGGGUGCUGGCAGCAGCCUACUCCCUGCCCCAGCCGGGCUGUGCGGGGCCCCGGCCUGUGACGUCUCCAUGCGAGUGGUGGUGGGUGAGCCGAGCGAGGCCAGGGUCGUCCCAGGUCGGGGCAUCUGCCUGGACCUUGCCAUCCUGGACAGUGCUUUUCUGCUGUCCCAGGUGGCCCCAUCGCUGUUUAUGGGCUCCAUCGUCCAACUCAGCCAGUCUGUCACUGCAUAUAUGGUGUCAGCUGCGGGUUUGGGUCUAGUGGCCAUUUAUUUUGCUACACAGGUAGUAUUUGACAAGAGCGACUUGGCCAAAUAUUCAGUGUAGAGAGAUCGGAAUACUGAAGGAGGCCCCUCCUCAGUGGGUCCCAGCAAUCUGCAGUGGGGCUCUAGGGCCUCCUGGCUGCCAAAGUAGCGUGGCUCUCUUCUGCCACUCCGUGGCUGUAUGGUGCAUAACCUCAAAUGGGGGCUGAGGCUUCUCUCGCGUUUUCCCAGUCUGUAGGGCGCGCUGUCUGGUAGCUGCCCCACUGGUCUUCAGUCUGGCAGGGAGCUAAGGGCAGAGCAUCGGAUUAGCUCCAUGCACUGGAACACAGGACUCUGUAGGGGGUCCCCCAGGCUGGGGGUGGGGGAGCAGCCAGCACUGAGUUGAGGUACACUCAGAGAAGAAUAUUGAAUACACUCAGCUGCCUGGCCCCCACCUCCAGCCCCCGGAUCCUGCAUUCCUCCCACGUUGCCAAGUGUUGCUCUUGUGUGGAAGUUUCUGGUUGAAACCCCAGGAUUAGAAAAGA